AUGCCUAUUGAACUUACAAACUCCGAAUCAACAAGCACAGUCGGUGGGAUUGUUGGAGGUUUAAUGGGUACCCUAGUAGCUGUAGUACUUGUGGUCGUUGUCGUUUUUAUUAUUAGAAGAAAGCUGAACAGCGAUAAGCCUGCCAAAGACUUCUCAAACAAACCACCUGCAAGGUCAAAUCCAGGAAAACCUGACUCAUUUGAAAUGAGGAAUAAUGCUUCCAACAAUCCUACGUAUUCCAACGAACUUGCAAACGGGGGUGAUUACUACAGUUUUAACGAAGCCGUACCCGGAUUUGCAAUUCAAGAGUUGUGGAGUUACAUCAGGGAAAAGAUGAAAAAUAAUCGAAAACAUCUCUAUGACGAGUUUGCGACGUUGCCAACUGGACUUGUCCAUAAACAUGAGGUCGCAGCUCAGGAAAAGUACAAGGGCAAAAACAGAUACAAGGAAAUGUAUGCAUACGACCAUUCACGAGUACCACUUAAAAAGGCCAAGCCAGAUGAUCCAGACUAUAUCAAUGCUUGUUUCAUCGAUGGUUAUGAGAAAGUAAACAAAUUCAUCGCAUCGCAAGGUCCGACGAAGAACAUGAUUGAUGACUUUUGGCGAAUGGUUUGGCAACAGAAGGCUGACAAAAUCGUGAUGCUGACAAAUCUUAUUGAAAUGGCUUCGAUAAAGUGCAUACAGUACUGGCCAGAAAAAGGUGACACCUGCUCAUACGGUGGCAUAGAUCUAUCAUACAUCGACACGAAAGAAUUCCAAGACUACAAUAUACGCGCAUGGGAAGCCGUGAAGACUGGCAGUAAACCACGUCGAAUACGCCAAUUUCACUUUAAAAGUUGGCCUGACAAGGACGUUCCAGACAGUGCUUGGUGCCUCGUCAACUUUUGGAAAGCUGUUGACACUAACAAAUCAGCAAAUGAAUCACCGAUUGUUGUGCACUGCAGUGCUGGAGUUGGUCGGACUGGAACAUUCAUUGCCCUUGACAACCUGAUUCACCAGGCAAAAACAGAAAAGUACGUUCGACCUCUACAAAUGGUGCAGACACUUCGCAGGCAGAGGGUAAACAUGGUACAAACGAAGGAACAGUAUGUGUACCUUCACGAGGCCGUAGCAGAGGCGCUGCUGAUCGGGACACAUCACGUAUACUCCAAGCAGUUUGAUAGUUUCUACAAGCACAUGGUCAGCAAAGAGCCCGGAUCGCUGAAGACGAGGGUUGAAGAACAGUUCAAUCUGAUUGAAAAUGGAAUUACAGAAGAGACGGUACAGGAAAGUGGUCAUGAAUAUGGAAACAUGGAAUCCCUGCAAUCUGAAAUAGAUGCCUAUCGCCCUAAGCUGAAGAACAGAGGGUCCAACAUAGUCCAAAGACUUGGAACUAUUUUCUUACCGAACUACGCGAACAAAAACACGUUCCUGAUGGGAAUGUCGCCGACAGAAAAUACGCUAGAAGAAUUCUGGUCCUUGAUUGAGGAAGAACACAUCACCACCGUCAUCAUGCUGACGUCACAGUCACAUGCCGCGUACAAGACUUGUCAGUACCUUGGAAGCAGUGACGGAAGACAAAUUGGCAAGUUUAAAGUCAACUGCAUCCAUGAGAAGCAGAACAAAGCUUUCAAAGAAAAGUGUUUUUCAUUCAAGGAUGUUAACCACGAGGACGAGGAUUAUCUUACGACAAUCCGCCAGUUUGAAUUUUCGGCGUGGGGCGAUGGCGAGGACACGCCAAUCGGUGUCCAGCCAAUGCUGGAUAUUUUGGAGGCAGUCAACAGGUGGCAGCCUCAUCUCGGCGAGACUAGACCCAUCCUCAUACAUUGCGAAUCAGGAUAUUGUCGCAGUGGGGUUGUGGCUGUACUUCUGAAUGAAGUUCGUCGGGUUCAAGACAACAAGGGCCAGAUCAAUAUCGUGGACAGCGUGAUGACGAUGAAACAACGGAACAAAGAUAUUGUGCAGAACCCGGCACAACUUCGAUACAUCUACGACGUCAUGCAAGAACAUGUCAAACAAAUCGAUGUUUAUCAAAAUUUGUAGGCCAUGGCAGAAAAGUGUUUACCCAUUU